CUCUCCCACACCCUGGCGCGCUUCCUCUGCACCUCGGCGCCGUUGGAGGGUCCCCGGGCGACCCCGAGGGCACUGUUAGGCAGAAGGAAGCCCGAGGAGACCCGGUGAACUGGGCAGAGCAGCAGAGGGUAGCAGAGCCUGCCCUGCACGCUCAAGGAGUAGAAGUGGGCGGGAGGCAGAGUUACGCGAGAGCGCGUGGAGUGAGCGAGCUCGGGUCCCACUUGAGCUCGGGCUCAGGACCCAGACAGGUCGGCCAGGGCCCCAAGCCGUCGUUACACCCAAUAUAAGGAGGACAGACCUGACUCAGACCGAGCAAGGAGACAUGGCCUCACCAUUCCUGCCUGCGGGGGCCACCACAGGCGACAGCGGUGGGGAGCUGAGCUCAGAGGAUGACUCCUGUGAUGUGGAAUCCCCCCAUAGCCCUGAGACCGAGGAGUCCAGGAGCCUGACGGAACUGUUUGAGAAAGCUGCCGCGCACCUCCAGGGCCUGAUUCAGGUGGCCAGCCGGGAGCAGCUCUUGUACCUGUAUGCCAGGUACAAACAGGUCAAAGUUGGAAAUUGCAAUACUCCUAAACCAAGCUUCUUUGAUUUUGAAGGAAAGCAAAAAUGGGAAGAAGACAAAAACAUAUUUGAUUACUGCAGGGAAAACAACAUUGACCAUAUAACCAAAGCCAUCAAGUUGAAAAAUGUGGAUGUGAAUAUGAAAGAUGAAGAGGGUAGAGCUCUACUCCACUGGGCAUGUGACCGAGGACAUAAGGAACUAGUCACAGUCCUACUACAAUAUAGAGCUGACAUUAACUGUCAGGACAAUGAAGGUCAAACAGCUCUACAUUAUGCCGCUGCCUGUGAGUUUUUGGAUAUCGUGGAGCUGCUGCUGCAGUCUGGCGCUGACCCUACUCUCCGAGACCAGGAUGGCUGCCUGCCAGAAGAGGUGACAGGCUGCAAAGCAGUUUCUUUGGUACUGCAGCGGCACACGGCCGGCAAAGCUUAAUCAAAAGACUGGAAAACCACAGUCUGUAAUAGCAUAGGGCUUCAAUUAUGAAGGAAAACUGCAAAAAUAAUACUCUCUUACCACCCAUGUUUGGUAUGCAUUGGCUAAUAAAAUCAGUUCUGAGGAACUGGGA